CUCAUAAAAGUUCUCGUCUUCCACCCCGGAGCGUUGCCGUGAGAACUGUGUUUCAGCCGCCGAAGGAAGCAAAAGCCUGUCCCUCCGGGCUGGCCGUGUGUCUGUCCGGAGUCCCAGCCUGCUGUUAGCCACGUCAGUCCGAACGCCAGCAAAGCCUGCUCGCCUCGGGAUUUUAAAGCACAGGAUUGCAAGCAAGUCCAUGAGGUCCAAUCUUACAUGGGGCGCCUGGAGACUUCAGACAAAGAGUCAGUACACUUAGUAGAAAAUGAGAUUCAGGCAAGAAUAGACAAUAUAUUCAGCAACUUGGAACGUCUGGAAAUCCUGUCCAGCAAAGAACCUCCCAAUAAGCGACAGAAUGCUAAACUCCGAGUUGACCAGCUGAAGUAUGAUGUUCAGCAUCUGCAGACAGCUCUGAGGAACUUUCAACAUCGCCGUUACAUCCGGGAGCAGCAGGAGCGACAGCGAGAAGAGUUGCUUGCACGUACAUUCACUACUAAUGACUCUGACACCACCAUACCGAUCGACGAAACAUUACAGUUUAAUGAAUCCCUCCAGAAUGCCCAUCGUGGCAUGGAUGAUCUUAUUGGCAGUGGGACCAACAUCCUUCAGGGGCUGAGGGACCAGAGAGUGACAUUAAAGGGUACUCACAAGAAGAUCCUGGAUGUUGCCAACAUGUUGGGCUUAUCCAAUACAGUAAUGCGGCUGAUUGAGAAGCGAGCCUUUCAAGAUAAAUACUUCAUGAUUGGGGGAAUGAUUUUAACUUGUGUAAUUAUGUUUCUCGUCGUGCAGUAUCUGACCUGAGCUACUGAACUAUUGCCAGAGGAGAUUGUCUUUUGGAGCAAGAUGAACUGUCCUCCAAACUGUACUUUCCUCUGAGUGCUGCUUUGGAUGAGCCCCUCCUGUGAACUUCAGAGUUUACAAAUCACGCUCAGACACAUGUCAUGUGGAAAGCACGUAGGGAAACAAAUUUUUCUGGGGAUGCUGUAGUUGAGAAUGGCCCUAUAAAAAUAACCCUAGCCUUUACUGCUCUCACCUUAUUGUCUGCAAGUUUAAGAAUCUGGUUAAAUAGGAAGCAGAAGCGGAAAAUUUUGCCCAGCUGUAUUGCAAGGUAGGAGUGUCCUUUUGGGUAGAUAGGGAUAAGAGCAUGCAAAGGCAGAGCAUAAGAUGUAGUGAGCCUUUCCUGUGCUAGCUAGAAGUGACCGUGAUCACUGUAUUUUGCAAUGAAAGAAUGCCACUGAGGAGAAUUGCACAUUGUGGGCACGCUCCUGCAGAGUAGGUGUGCAAAAAGAGGUGGGAAGUGAAGGGUUCCCAUCUGCAAACUCACCGUUUUGCUUGGAGGGAGAAGGAUUUGUGGGGAAGGGUCUUAAAGCACGGUUAUAACCUCAGCUAACUUUUUUGUUUACACGUACAGUAUUAACCAGCACAAAUCUUCCUAUUUUAGGCUGAAAUGCUUCUCAUCUUAUCUGAGGUAUGUUUUGGUACCUUUUUAUGCCCCGCUGCUUCCCAGUGGAAGCUGAAUGCUGUACUCCUGCCUGCUUUCGGUCAGAUGCACAUCAAGCCUGUGUUAGCUUACCAUGCCUAGUACCAAAUCCAGCCUCCAAAAACCGUAAGACUGACAUUUUUCAUGGUAGUUGCACAUCACGUUUUGGUGAGUUGUAUUCAUUUUCUGAGGUGGUUGGUUGGGGUUUUGUGCUCUGUAGCUGGUAUUUUUUGAACCAGUGAAGCAGGCAAGUCCUCGCUGUGCUCAGAUUCAGAUUUGUGAUUUUUAUGUUCACAGAGCUGGAAUUGGCUCUCUCUGCUGUUCUUUACAUUCAGAAUAACAGUGGGAUCCGGGCAACAGACCUUUCCCUUAAAAUCAGUUGUCAUCAGAAGAGUUUCCUGAAGUUAUGUGCCUUGGGAUGGUAAACAUCCCGCAUCCUUGGGAAGGGUGUUCUUUGCGUUAUCCUUUGUACCUGCAAAAUUACUGUGAAAGACAUUCUCAUACGUAUCAUCUCACAGAGAUGAUAGCCAACUUAGACGUAUCUCCUUGGUUGUAGAUAUCUAUCCACAUUUAAACAUUCACAGUUAUGAAAUGCCUCCUUGUUUAAAUAUGGUACUCCUUUCCCUGCAGACUGUGGGGGCUCUGUUAGAACGGCCAUCCUAAGAUUUUGGGCGUCAUCCAUUUCAAUCAGCCUUCAGAUGCAUUCCCAUCCCAAUUUGUGUACAAGUCUGGAGCAUUUCCAGAUGUCUGGCAGUGGCGCAGAAGUGUCAUAUUCAGAUGAUGUGGCAUAAUGCUGGCAAUUCCUUCAUUUUUUUUCUGUCUGGAAUGGUUGUGGGUCUCUUAAUUAGUAACAGAUUACAAGUUCUGCAUUCUAUCUUUGCUGCAAUAAGCUUUGCUUUUAUUAUGUAGCCUGUUGCAAACUCGGAGAAAUGGUAUUAAUAACUGUAAAAAAUGAAUUUCAGUUAAUAUGGGCAAAUGAAACAGGCUUUAGCUGUGCUUGUUUACAGUUGCAUAACUAAAGUAUUGACUGACCUGUGUGCUGUGGCAUAGCUUUACAGCCCAGAUGAGAGUACCCAAUUUGAUCAGCUGUCACAGGCCAGUCAGCUUCAUACUUGGAACCCGGGGCAAGAGAGGAGUCGGCACUCAGAGCGCUAGCUGGCUGCACUGCAGACACAAGAGUGGAGGCCAAGAUGCUGUCAGUGCCUGGAUAAUCCUAUCAGAUGGUUCAGCAGAAGAAAGCAGGAAAGCCUCAAUGCUUGUUGAAUAUCCUGUGUGCUGCCCGCCUUCUGGCUGUCCGUUUUGUGAUUCUCAAUGUGUUUGAUGCUUCUGAGAUGUUUCGUGCUCUUUGUGUUCAGUCUGCUGUCCCAAGGAAACUCAUUAGCAGACCGGUUUUCAUUUGAGCCCGAGGGGCUAGGGAAUUAAAAGGAAAAGAGGAAGUCUGCAGUGAUAGAUCAUCUGUCUUACUGUAUCUUUAAAUCUUAAAUCUAAAUUUACCUGAAAUUUAUUUUAAAUAUGAAAUCUGAUAGAUUUAGCAUACCAUGCACUUGCGAGAUCAUAUUCUGUGAGAUCAGAUGGGCACCUUGUAAGGCAUCCCUGGCAAAUCUUUUUCUGUUCCGAUAAACUGGUCCAAUUCCACCUUGAUUUUACAACUUUAUCGUUUAGUGUUUAAAGGAUGUCAUUUGAGAAUGUUUAAAGUUUAUAUAGUUGUGACCUGGUGUAGCAGGAUUUGUCUUAUACCAAGGUGGAACUCUAGCCAAUUUGUUUCCUUUUUUGGCUUGUGGUAGGAGCCAUAAAAUAAUUGGAACUGGAUGUUUUUUCUGUUUUUGAGACCAGCUUAGCAUUUUAAUACGCGUUUCUCUGUUCACUUAUUAUGCCCUUUUAGAGUCUCCUUGUUCUUGUGUAGGCUAAUUUCCCUUUUGUAAGCCAAGUGUCCUUGCUAUUCAUGAUGUCUAAAGGUGAGAUGUGGGGCCUGAAGGAACCACUUAGGUAACUGGAUUUGACGUGUAACUUCAGACAAAUUUGUACUACAUGUUAAGUCCAAAAUGACUUACAAGAGCAUCUGUGCUAUCUCAGAUGGUUAGUGUAAAACCCUCAAAGCCUCUGUCAUUACAGUGUGCCACAGCAGGAGCACAGGUAGGAUCAAGAUCCCUGCUAACAUGAAAUGAGACAGAGCUGAAACCCUGGUGGCUUUACACAUAUUGCUGCUACAGCUGUCUGUAAAGUUUCCUUUCUUACUGAAGACUACAUUUCCUUCAACAGAGCUGCUUAGCUUCUGAACUUCUGUGGCACAGCAAGCGUUCUAGCUGUUGGAUGAACUGCUCUCUCACGAGAGGACACUGUGGAAAUUAACUUGCCUCUGGAACAAAACUUUCUACCAGUAUUUUAUACAUAAAGGGGCAAGGGUGGGACAUGAUGUGAUUCAUGUGACGUGUUAUGUGAAUAAAGAUUUUUCAACCAAAA